AGUGUGUCACUGGCGUUGUUGGGAUUCAGGAGGAGGCAGCAGACCAAAUAUGGGAACACACACUCUCACACACACGUGAACUACCUUUUGUCUCUGUCCUCUGCUUUGGAAGUUUCCAAGCUGCUGACUUACUAAGAACCAAGAAGAAAUGGAUCUGCGGUUCCUUUUAGUGGCAGCGUUGUCGGCAGUCCUCGGCGGCGGCCGGGCACAGCAAGAGGGAAGCGUAUGCAUCAAGGCAAACGCACAGUCGUGUGGAGAGUGUAUCCAGGUCUCGGAGACGUGUGGAUGGUGCUCAGACGAAACCUUCCUCACUGUGGGUGAGUCCAAGUCGGCUCGCUGUGAUGAUCUGGAGUCCCUGAAGAAGAGAAAUUGUGACGUGGCCAAAAUUGAAAACCCACGUGGAACCAUCACCGUCGAUAAGAACAAGCCUGUCACCAAUCGCAAGAAGGACGUGGCUGAGAAACUGAAGCCUGAGCAGAUCACCCAGAUCCAGCCCCAGAAACUCACCCUGACACUUAGAACUGGUGAGCCCCAGACUUUUGACCUGAAAUUCAAGCGUGCUGAGGACUACCCCAUCGACCUGUAUUACCUUAUGGACCUCUCCUUCUCCAUGAAAGAUGAUUUGGAAAACGUCAAGAACCUUGGCACUGACCUCAUGAGGGAAAUGCAGGAGAUUACCUCAGAUUUCCAGAUUGGUUUCGGCUCAUUUGUGGAGAAGACAGUCAUGCCGUACAUCAGCACCACGCCAGCCAGGCUCAUCAACCCCUGCACAGGGAACCAGAACUGUACCAGCCCCUUCAGCUAUAAGAACGUCCUGAACCUGACAGACAAAGGAGACGAGUUCAAUCGGUUGGUCAGUCAGCAGCAGAUCUCCGGAAACCUGGACUCUCCGGAGGGGGGCUUCGAUGCCAUCAUGCAGGUGGCGGUUUGUGGGGAACAAAUCGGCUGGAGGGACGUGACCCGCCUGCUGGUGUUUUCCACCGACGCUGGUUUCCACUUUGCUGGAGAUGGCAAACUGGGCGGCAUUGUCCUGCCCAACGAUGGGAAGUGUCAUUUGGAGAACAACAUGUACACCAUGAGCCACUACUAUGACUACCCCUCCAUCGCCCAUUUGGUUCAGAAACUAAGCGAACACAACAUCCAGACCAUCUUUGCCGUCACUGAGGAAUUUCAGCCUGUUUACAAGGAGUUGAAAAAUCUUAUCCCUAAAUCAGCUGUUGGAACGCUGUCCUCCAACUCCAGCAACGUGAUCAAACUCAUUAUUGAUGCUUACAACUCUUUGUCAUCUGAAGUCCUUCUGGAACACAGCAAGCCGCCAGAAGGAGUCUCCGUCACCUACAAGUCCAUCUGUAAGAACGGUGUGGAAGGAACAGGGGAAAACGGCAAGAAGUGCUCCAACAUCUCCAUUGGAGACGAGGUGUCUUUCAAGAUUUCCAUUGAAUCCCAGAAGUGUCAUCCCAAGACUGAGACCAUUAAAAUUAAACUACUGGGCUUCACUGAGGAGGUGGAGGUAGUUCUGAACUUCAUCUGCGACUGUCAGUGCGCCGCAGAAGGCGAGCCCAACAGUACGAAGUGCUCCGAGGGCAACGGGACCUUCGAGUGCGGAGCCUGCAAGUGUAAUGAUGAACGUAUUGGGCGACAGUGCGAGUGCAGCAAAGAUGAAGUGCGGACAGAGGACCUGGAUGCCAACUGCCGAAAAGACAACGGUACGGAUAUCUGCAGCAACAACGGUGACUGUGUCUGCGGCACCUGCGAAUGCAAGAAGCGUGAGAAUCCUGCAGAGAUCUACAGUGGCAAAUACUGCGAGUGCGACAACUUCAACUGUGACCGCUCAAACAACAAGCUCUGCGGAGGACAUGGCCGCUGUGAAUGCAGGAAGUGCAUCUGCGACGCCAACUACACAGGCAGCGCCUGCGACUGCUCCCUGGAGACUUCCACCUGCCUCGCCAAGAACGGGCAAAUCUGUAACGGCCGUGGUACUUGUGAUUGUGGAUCCUGCAAAUGCACCAAUCUCAAAUUCCAGGGUCCAACCUGCGAGAUCUGUCCCACCUGCCCCGGCGUCUGCGCCGAGCACAAAGAUUGUGUGCAGUGCCGAGCAUUCGAGGCCGGUGAGAAGAAGGAUACGUGUGAGCGGGACUGCAGCUACUUCCAGCUGAUCAAGGUGAAGGAUCGCAACAAGCUGCCUCAGCCUACAGACCAGAGCUUCCCUCUGACCCACUGCAAAGAGCGAGACGCCAACGACUGCUGGUUCUACUACACCUACGCCGUCAGGAACGACACCAAGGAGGUCUAUGUGGUGGAGACGCUGGAGUGCCCGGCAGGACCUGACAUCAUCCCCAUCGUGGCAGGUGUGGUGGCGGGCAUCGUACUGAUUGGCCUCGCUCUGCUGCUCAUCUGGAAACUGCUCAUGAUCAUCCACGACCGCCGAGAGUUCGCCAAGUUUGAGAAGGAGAAGAUGAACGCCAAGUGGGACACGCAAGGGAACCCCAUUUACAAGAGUCCCAUUAACCAGUUCCAGAAUCCCAGCUAUGGGAAUAAAGCCACCGCUCUUUAAGUCAAAGGUGAGAAUCCAAUCUACAAAAGUGCCGUAACAACUGUCAUCAAUCCAAAGUACGAGGGCAAAUGAUGGAGCUCUGCCUUCGCUGUGAGAACACUGUAUGGAACCGAAAAUGGGCGGGGGGUCAAAGGAGGGGCGGGUUUUCUAAUGCCCUCACUGUUUGUUUGUUUGUUUUUUGUUUGUUGUAGUCACCAAAUGAUAGCAAUGCAUUUUGCCACUAUUUCAGUUUGUUUUUACUAACUUGUUUUUAUUUUCUAUGCAUCUUCUGAAAUCUGUACAGUCUGUAUGAAUGUGGGGUUUGUUUUGUUUUUUUGCCGAACUUGACAGAAUGUGUUGAACUGAUUAGUUUUUUGGCCACGUUAACAGAAAGCCUAGCUGUGCCUUUUUUUUUUUUUAAACACAUUUAGUUUUUUAUAGAAACAUAAAGCCAUCAGUGUUUUGUCGAGAGUUGAAUUGGACGUUGAUAAUAGGCAACAAAUGAAGAGUUCCUUUCCAAACAGUCUGAGGAACAAAGGUGAGCUGAAGAAGGUGUUGAGAUUGAUUUUAGCGUCUGAGCGAAGGUCUUAAAGCGUCUGUAAUCAUGUUGACUGAGCAGGCGUCUCUCUUUAAAUGUCUCUGGAUGGAAACUCUUCAGAUGUAGCGUCAGUUGGCCGAGUGCGGUAGCAGUGAAAUGUGUACAGUAUGUUUUGGUUUCUGUGUUAAGCCAUAUAUGUAUUCACAGGAAAGAAUUGAAGGCUUUUUUUUUUCUCUGAGUGACUUAAUCCAUCUGAGCGAUCAGUUGAAAUGUAUCUUUGUCUAGAAAAGAUGUUUUCUUGUGGUGCCUUUCUAGAUUAAAGGACAUCCGUGUACAGUAGUAUUACUGUUUGGCUCCAGGUUUUACUUAAUUUAAAGCCAACUCAGGUCCUUAAUUCUUCACAGCAAUGCCAAAUACAUGCAAACCUGCCUUAUUUGCUAACUAAAUCUGCUUAUAUUGAAAUGUCUUGUUUUGUUUGUAGGAUAUGAGUUGGACAUUGGGGUCCGACUUUUUUCUAUAAGUCAGUAAUUCCACUCGUCUCUUUUGUGGUGCCUCGAUCAAACAGUUUUUUUAUUGAGAAGAAAUGGUGAUAAUGUCGUUCAGUUAUAAUCAUCAUUGGUAAGGGAAUGAUCUCUGGAUCUCUAAAGUUUUGGGGUUUUUUGUAAAGAAAAAAAAAAAAAGGUUCACACGUCACCGUUGUUUUUAAGUGCCUUUUUUUAUUUCACAUUCACAUUUGCAAUUCUGUAUUUCUGAAAUUAUUUAUUGAAUAAACAUUGAAAACAAUUUACCCCGA